CGCGGCUCCGGCUGGCGGCGAGUUAACUACCUCUUAUGAAAUAAAGAAAUGGAUGGGAUGGAUGAAACAUCUAAAAGAAUCCUAGAGCCAUACCAGUAUUUACUUCAACUACCAGGUAAGCAAGUGAGAACCAAACUGUCACAGGCCUUUAAUCACUGGCUGAAUGUUCCAGAAGAUAAAAUACAGGUUAUCAUUGAAGUGACAGAGAUGUUGCACAAUGCAAGCCUACUUGUGGAUGAUAUUGAAGAUAACUCAAAGCUACGACGGGGCUUUCCAGUGGCACACAGUAUCUAUGGAAUUCCAUCUGUAAUCAACUGUGCUAAUUAUGUGUAUUUCCUUGGCUUAGAGAAGGUUUUAACCCUUGAUCAUCCAGAUGCUGUUAAAGUGUUUACCCGUCAACUUCUGGAACUCCAUAAAGGUCAAGGCUUGGAUAUUUACUGGAGGGAUACUUACACCUGUCCUACAGAAGCUGAAUAUAAAGCUAUGGUACUGCAAAAGACAGGUGGUCUCUUUGGAUUAGCUGUAGGCCUCAUGCAGCUGUUCUCAAAUUAUAAAAAAGACUUAAAGCCACUUCUUAACACACUUGGCCUCUUCUUCCAAAUAAGAGAUGACUAUGCCAACUUGCACUCCAAAGAAUAUAGUGAAAACAAGAGUUUUUGUGAAGACUUAACUGAGGGCAAGUUCUCAUUCCCAACCAUUCACGCAAUUUGGUCAAGACCUGAAAGUACUCAGGUGCAAAACAUUCUACGUCAAAGGACAGAGAACAUAGAUAUAAAAAAAUACUGUGUACAUUACCUUGAAAAUGUGGGUUCCUUUGAGUACACUCGGAAUACAUUGAAAGAGCUUGAAUCUGAAGCCUAUAAACAAAUUGAAUCACUUGGGGGAAACCCUGAGCUUGUAGCACUAGUUGAACAGCUGAGCAAAAUGUUCAAAGAAACUGAAAAUUAAAAAUUUAACUCUUCGGGGUGGAUUAAAACUGUUUUUAAAAUGGGAGAAUAACCAGACUAUCUGACACAUGUGGUAAUCAGUCUCGCUUAAAACUCUUUCUCUUGUAGCCAUGUUACAGAAAUUACAGUUAAAAACAAUUUGUCACUGCGUAUUGAAAUAUAUACCCUAUUAUCUCUACAGUCUUAGCUGUAACUGCUUACAGAUGGCUUUGUUAAAGCAGAUGUACUAGAAUUGAAACAAGUUUUGAAUCUACAUGGGAUCAUGUUUAUACAAUCAUCAGUGUUAUUUCAGGCCUAAUAUCUUUAAGCAGGCUACUGUAGGCUUCUGGCUGAAAUUCUGUGUUAAAUUAAAUCAGAUUGACCCGAGUGUGUUGUGCACUUUCAAACAAUGCUCUAGUAAACCAAAAUGUACAAUGUUAAAUGACAGAAGGAGAUACUUGCAGCCACAAUGCACAUAAAACUAUUGUGUGAUAUUUGUAAGUUAGACU